AUGGAUGAUUUAUUUGGAAAAGAUGAUUCUUUUCAUGACAGUGAUGCUGUUAAAAAAAGUAAUUAUUUAAGUAAUGAUGACAAGUUGGAUGAUUUUAUUGAAAUAGAAGAACAUGACAUAAAGCCUGAAGUGGACAAAUCAUUAUUAUCAAAAGGAACUGACAGUAAUUUAAAUCCCAUCAUUAAUUCUCUGGAAAUAAACUCUGGUGAUAAAAAUGAAAUUAUUAAUUUGGAUCAUAUAAAUUCAAGUUCAAGUACAAAUGCAAACACAAUUACUACUAAUAAUAAUAAUGAUGACGAAGAUAUAAUGAACAUCAGCAAUAAAGAUGAUGAUUUGUUUUCGCAAGCGAUAUGUUUGCCACCGCCUCAAGCACGGCCUAUGGAAAUUAAAGAUCGCCGGGAGAGCAAAGAUAAAAAUAAGCGAGAGUUGGAGGAAGAGGAGCGUGAAAAAAUGCAGGUUCUAGUUUCAAAUUUCACUGAAGAUCAACUAGAUCGUUAUGAAAUGUUUCGAAGAGCUGCUUUUCCGAAAGCUGCCAUUAAAAGGAUAAUGCAAACAAUAACAGGAUGUUCAGUAUCACAAAAUGUUGUCAUUGCAAUGUCUGGUAUUGCCAAAGUUUUUGUUGGAGAAAUUGUUGAAAAAGCCUUAGACGUGAUGGAAGAAUACAACGACAGUGGUCCAGUUCAACCAAAACAUUUACGCGAAGCAGUUCGCCGAUUAAGAUUACAAGGACAAAUCCCGAUUGGCCGCUCAAGGAAAACAUUUUUAAGACUUUAA